AUGUCCACGACUUCUGAUGUACAUUAUUACAGAGGGAAUGAUUAUAGACCUUCUAUUGGUAUCAUACUACAAAGAAUGGGAAAUGGAAUGGUGAAGAUAUUAGACAUCGAAGAUAAUUCAGUUCAUAACAGACACUUGGAUCAAGUGAGAAUAAAUGAGGUAGGUCGUUCCGAUUAUGAUUGUAAUGACUCCGCUACUAAUCCUGAUUUUGUAGAUAAUUCAGAAAUAAGUCUAGAUGAUACUGACGGAAAUAAUAUCACAGAAGGUCGCAGCUACUUCCAAGCAAACCGCGAUAUCAUUAUAAAUACGCAAGGAGACAUUCGACGUGUGGCGGAUGUGGUGAUUGACUAUUUCUAUCUCUGUAUC